AUGUUGCUAUCAGCAUUUGCUCUCAUUAUUCCGGUUCUGAGCUUACUCGUUUGGGGUCUAUCUCUGGACGAGGUCAGGCUUGAACUCGGACCUCAGCUAUCCAAUUCCGCUUGGAUCUCUGGGAAUGAACAAGAAUUUGCGAGGUGGAGUGAGUAUUACGCCUCGACUCCUGGAGUCGUCGUCAGCGUAGCUAGUGAGGAGGAUGUGGCUGUGACGGUGCAAUAUUGCAUUAAAUAUGAUAUCCAGUUUUUUGCCCAGUCAGGAGCUCACGGAUUUACUACUACAUUGGAUGUGCCUCCUGAUGGAAUACUCAUCAACCUCAGACAACUAAACUCCAUCACUUUCAACGAGGACAAGACAGAAGUGACGCUGGGUGGUGGUGUUCUGAUUUCUGAGGUUAUUGAGGCUGCUGCUUCAAAAAAUACCCUCGUCGCAACUGGAAACUGUAACUGUGUUGGCGCGAUUGGCGCUAUUAUAGGUGGCGGAUACGGCAACCUGAUGGGUAUAUAUGGAUAUGGUGUUGACAACAUUCUAUCACUCGACGUCGUUUCUGGAAAUGGUGCCCUACAAACAGUUACGGAUGGUGAUGACCUUUUUUGGGCUGUCCGUGGUGCCGGUCCUAACUUUGGUAUUAUCACCUCUGUGGUAAUGAAAGCAUACCCCGUGGAACCCACUGGUCUAUAUGCCUGGUUGGGUGCUCUCACCUUUAUAGGGGAUAAGAUCGAGGCGGUUACUAAGGCUAUCAGCGAGCUUACAUUGAAACCAGAGAUGAACGUUCUAGUGUACUUCCUAGAUGCCCGUGCUCCUUCUAAAUCACCUACCAUAGUAGUGACUCCGUUUUACUAUGGAUCUGAGGCUGAAGGAAGAGCUGCUUUCGCAUCUUUACUCGAUAUUGGUCCUACACUUGAUACAACAGCCAGCACCCAUUAUACACACUGGAACGACGGAUCUGAGAGUUCCUGCAUCAAAGGCGCCCGUAAACCAUCCUACUGCGCUGGUCUCGCCAAAAUAACCCCUGAAACAUGGAAGCAAGCCUGGGAUGAAUAUGUCACUUGGGUUUCAUCAAAUGAUGGCCAGGCCCGCAAUAGCACUGUUAUUCUCGAAGCAUAUUCUAUGGACAAAGUUCACUCGUUCUCGAUAAAUUCAUCUUCAGUACCUUGGAGGGGUCAGAUCAAAUUUAACGCCCUUGUGGUUCCUUGGUACAUGGAUAAGAGCCUGGAUCCUGCUGCUGAAUCCUAUGGCUUGUUGUCUCGCAACUUGAUUUUAUCAACCAGUGGUCUUAACCCCCCAGCCACGUAUGUUAACUUUGCUUUUGGCGACGAAGAACCCUCAGAGAUAUACGGCCAUCAACUCCCUAGGUUACAGAGGCUUAAGGCUAAGUAUGACCCAAACAACAUCUUCGACCAGUCGUUUCACAUUGAGCCUAAGCAUUGA